GCGGCCACUCCUAUUGGAUAAACACGCGGAAGUGAAGAACAGUCGAAGCUAAUAACAACUUCUCCUCCACCGUCGCUGCUGCUUUUGUUGUUGUUCUGGACCCUCUGGACCCUCUGGACCCAGACGGACCAUGGCGCUGCCGGCUCAGCUCAGAUCCAUCCAGCACCACCUCCGCACCGCGCAGGAGCACGAGAACCGGGACCCGGUGGUGGCGUACUACUGUCGUCUCUAUGCCAUGCAGACAGGUAUGAAACUGGACAGUAAAACACCAGAGUGCAGAAAGUUCCUGGUCAAACUCAUGGACCAGCUGGAGUCGAUGAAGCAGGAGCUCGGUGACAAUGACUCCAUCAGUCAGGAGGUUGUAGGAAACGCCCACAUCGAGAACUACGCCUUAAAAAUGUUCCUGUACGCCGACAACGAGGACCGAGCAGGACGGUUCCACAAGAACAUGAUCAAGUCCUUCUACACGGCCAGUUUGCUGCUGGACGUCCUGUCUGUGUUUGGAGAAUUAUCAGAGGAAAACAUUCAGCACAGGAAGUACGCCCGCUGGAAGGCCACGUACGUCCACAACUGUCUGAAGACUGGAGAGACGCCGGUUGCUGGACCCAUGGCCAUGGAGCAGGAGGACGGAGACACAGAUGAGUUUGGAGCUGCGGGUUACUCAGGUUCUGGCUUCACCCACAGUGGAUCCUUCAAAGGGGCUGGUCCUCCUCACCAGGACCAGGACCAGAGCUUGGAUCCAGGUGCCACCCCUGGGAUUGGGUUUACUGCGAGUCCAGGAUCGAGGCCGUCGUGUUCCUCCAACGUCAACAACAUCCACAUCCCACCAGGAGCUCACGCUCCAGCCAACACUCCGGCUGAGCUGCCGCCACCUGCAGCAGAGGGAGUUAAACCUGUGCCUUUACCUCGAUCAGUGACCUCUGACCCCUCACUGCAGGGUGGUGUCCACCUCACACCUGAAGAUUUCACCAAAGCUCAGAAAUACUGUAAAUAUGCCGGCAGUGCACUGCAGUACGAGGACGUCACCACGGCGAUUCAGAACCUGCAGAAAGCUCUGAGGCUGCUGACCAGCGGGGAAGAAUGAGCGCUCACACACACACACACACACACACGCGCGCGCAUGCUCGGUGAAGGAGACACUUCGCUGUGAAACAUGUUUUUUUUAUUAAAGAUUAUAAAAUGUCCACUUGGUGGCGCUACAUGAAGUGUGAUGUAAUGAAGUGUAAAUCAUGUGUUCAUCACAGCGCUCUUACUUCCUGUCGUCAGCAGGUGGCGCUGUGACUGCGAUCAUUAAAACAACAUCAGUGAAGAUUCAUCAAAGCAAAUAAAGAAACGAUUGGUGUGUGUGUGUGUUAUGUUCCUGACCUUUGACCUCAGACAGACUCAAUAAUCCCAUACUAAUCAAUGCUCUUAUUGAUCUCAGAUCAUAAACUGUGACAUCAGCGACAGUGUUAGCUGUUCUGGUGUUAGAACAAACGUUAGCUUAGCUGCCUCACGUUUAUCGUCUGUUUUUAAAAAAAGUGUUUUACGUGUUUUUUUUUCUCCGUUAAUUCGCAGCUUGUUGAGCGGAGGAAAAAGAAACGCGACUUUGUUGUUCAUUGUGAUGCUAGUGCGGUUUGCUAGCACUAGUGUAUUUCUACAGUCAGGCUUCAGUCCUGACGCGGUUUACUUCUGGUUCUUGUCUCAAUGUUCAUAAAGGUGGAGGAAAAUCAAACGCUAAUAUUUGACCUUAUUUAACUUUUCUCAGAACUUGUUUUUCUGUGAGUGAUUCGAAUAAAAUGUUGAAAAUGAA